AUGGCGCGACACGCGAGGGCCCGGCGGACGCUGGCCCUGAGGCGGGGAGAGGGCGGGGACGCCGAGGCCCCGGCUCUCGCUCCGGCUCCGGCUGAUGUCCGGACGCAGGCCUGGCUCCGGCCCCGCGGGCCGCGGCUCCUCCCCGGGCGCGGCGGUUGGCGGUUGGCGGCUGGCGGCGGCGGGGAGGGCGCGGAGGAGGGAGGGAGGGAGCGAGGGGGCCGCUUGCCGCCCUCCUCAGUCAGACGCGGCUCCGCUCCGGCCUCCGAGAGAAAACAGUCCCCAGCGCCACCUCCACGGCCGCUGCUACCGCUACUGAGCCAACAAAGGGGCGUGCGUCACCGCGUCGCGCUGCGUCGUCGCGUCACUCCUCUUGGCGUCACCGCGCCCCGCCCCGCCGCCCCUGCGUGGAGUGUGGGGAGACCCCACGGCCCGGCCUGGCUAUGGGAGCGCGGCGCCGCGGGAAUCGCCUUCUCGGUUCCGGCUGCGGUCCCUCUGUGGACCGGCACUGGUGGACCCUGUUCCGGAGGAGGCCGUGGCCUCGUCGUCACCGAGAGAAGGGCCCCUGGACACGAUGGUGGUUGUCGCCGCAGGCCAUAGGGAUCCAGCCCCUUCACUGAAUCCAGCGAAGGUUCCCACCCGGCGGUAGAGACACUUCCCGCUCGCCCUGGAGUAAUAUUCUGGGAAGACCUCGGUUGUUGAGCUAAAAUUCCUGUUGCCCGGGCUACUAAAUGGAAAUCUGUUUCAUGCGGAACCUCUAAACUAUGUGACAGGUGAGUGUGUGUAGGAGGCUGCAGGUGAAGAGGGUCAGACAGAAGUACAUUGUACUGAAGCGGAUAUUCUCACUCAACUAACUUUGGCAGGUGCUACAGUGUAGCAGCACCAUAAGCUCCAGAGCAAGAAGCCUCACUUGGUAAGAAUGACCUCAGCAAGUUAUAUCCACUUAAGAGCCUGUUUUCCCAUCUAAAAAAAUAGGAAUAACAAUAGGAUUUUCCUCAUUGGACUGUAGCAACUGACAAUGUGAAAGUACUCAUUACGUUCAUCAUUAUUGGACACAGAAAAUGUACAGUGUUUUGUUUUAGGCUUGAGAAUGUAUACAAAGAUGAUUAUUAGUCAAUUGUAAAGCAAUGGCUCUUUGAAGAGUACACACCCUCUGUCAAAUUGUUGAAAAAUGUUGCUGUGCUCCUCUUG